AUCAUUUGAGUUUUUGUUUGUGUUUCAAAACGUAGAAAUAUUACGGUAUUAUUAAGUUAAAUUAAUAACGUAUACCUCCGGGCGAAUCUGUGCAACAAACAAACAAACAAACAAACAAACCGCAUUUCAUUCAUUCUACUGUAUUUAUUUUUAUUAGCACUUUUAACAACCACAGAUCAAACGCAUUCUUAAAUAACGUGUUUUUUAGGGUCAACAUGGCAUACAUUUAACGUGCAACUUAUUUUUGCGUCGUGUGGGACUCUUAUUAUGCUUUGACAGGAAACGGUAUCCUGUCGACCCGGUUGUUAACGGUAAUGUUCCGCUGCUGCAGGUUUGGGAAUAACAGUGCCUCAACUUUGCAGAUCGGUAUUUCGUGCGCGUUAUUGGUCAAACGUUACAUUUACCCACAGCGGAAAUUAAUAGUCUGUGGUUUAUUCGUGCUUUACAGACUUUUGUAGAGUUAGCCAUGAUUUUGAGACUGUCAAACAGGGCGUGCGUCCCCUUCGGGUCGGUCCGCUUCAAAAGCACUUUGUCAACCUUCUUCGACGAGACGGGAAAAGCUGGUAUCGUCCUAAAAUCUGCAUCAACUGACAUAUUUGAAAAUCUGGCCUUAGAAGACUGGAUUCACGAUCACGUCGAUCUGCAAAACAGAAGCGUGUUGUUGUUAUGGAGAAACUCCCCCGUGGUUGUCAUAGGCAGGCAUCAAAACCCCUGGCAGGAGUGUAACCUGCCCUUGACGAGGCGCUUGGGAAUCCCUCUGGCGAGGCGUCGCAGUGGAGGCGGGACCGUUUUCCACGAUUUCGGAAACCUCAACAUGACCUUCUUCACCUCCAAGAAGAAAUACGACCGUCACCGAAACCUCAGGGUCGUUACUAGCGCGCUAAAAGCGCUGAGACCCGACCUAGAUGUCGCAGCGACGGACAGAUUCGACAUUUUGUUAAAUAGCCGUUACAAAAUAUCAGGCACUGCCGCGAAACUAGGCAGAAGCUCUGCGUAUCAUCACUGUACGUUGCUGUGUUCUGUUGACCGUUCAUUAUUGUCCUCGGUGUUAAAGAGCAACGCUUCUGAAGUUAUCAAAAGCAACGCUACCCCAAGCGUCCCUUCCCCCGUCAAGAACCUCUUAGACGUGGAUCCCACUCUUGACUCUGACUCUAUCGUGGAUGCCAUUGCUUCCCAGUACAGCCGUGAGUUUGGCUUUGACGGCCCAGGCGUCACGGUCGACCCCUCUCAGGAAGCUCUCAUGCCUGGCAUUCGCAACAUGGCGCGGGAUUUGCAGACGUGGGAGUGGAUUUACGGCAGGACUCCAAAAUUCAGCGUUUGCGCUUUGCUUGCGGUGGAUGAUGUGACUGUUAAGCUCGACAUGGACAUCAAAAACGGCGUUGUGGAACAGUGUGCUGUGGGUGUCCCGGAAGACUGGCUCCCUCCGGAGAUGGUGAAUGAGUUCACGUCAACUCUGAACGGCAGCAGAUACUGUCCGACUGAAACCGCGGCGCUGGUGGCGGCGUUCGUGAGGACCGUUUCGGUGACUGGGGAUGUUGCCGAGAGGAUUCAUAGAUUGUGUGCCGGUGUGGUUUCAGUGAUGUGAAUAAAAUUGUCCGGAAUAAACGCUAUGUGAUGCUUAACUUCAAAAUCUUUGAAGUGGUCCCCUGCGCAGUCACACUUUACAGAUAUGAAAAACAAAUAAUGCUGCUAAUUCUGUGAUCAAACUUGGAAUUUUAAGCUUCUGGAAGACUUUAGAACAGACAUAAUUCACGUGCAAUUGAAGUGCUUGCCAAUAUUAAUAGAGCAAUAAUGUAAGAAUAAAGAUUAUUUUAUUGAUGAAUUCUAUACAAAAUCUUAAGAUGUGUAUUUUUAUAUAAAUGCGUUGCUUUGCAUUAAUUAAAAUUUAAAUAUUAAUAUAUGUAGCACAGGUGCAUUUGUGUACUUCAACGUUGUUGAUUUUUCUUUCAUGUCAAAAAUCAUUAGAACAUGAAGAUCGUGCUCCAUGAAGAUGUUUUGUAAAUUACCUACCCUA